AUGCCUGCCCACCCUGAUUCAAAUAUCCACUCAGAGGCCACCGGCCCCGCCAAAGCGCUAGUUGAGAAGCAUCGCGCGGAACAGCCACUGAAGUUAUAUGCAGGAUGGUUCUGUCCAUUGAAACUGAUCAAACAUCCAGUACAGCGCGUUUGGUUGGCUCUCGAGGAGAAACAGAUUCCCUACCAAUACAUUGAAGUCAACCCAUACAACAAGCCCGAGUCACUCCUCUCGCUCAAUCCUCGCGGCCUUGUUCCAACUCUCUCAUGUCCGACCGAUCCAGAGCCUCGACCACUCUACGAGUCAACAGUGAUUCUGGAGUAUCUGGAAGAAGCAUACCCAACACACAACCCGCACUUCCUCCCGCAAGAUCCAUAUGAGCGCGCUCGUACCCGAAUCUGGAUUGAUUACGUUACAUCGCGUAUCAUUCCCUCCUUCCACCGGUUCCUACAAUACCAGCCUGGCGAAGGCGAGAGUGCAGUGAGCGAUGCAGGUUUAGACAAGGCUCGGCAAGAGUUCCUAGACCACCUCAAAGCCUGGACCAAAGAGAUGCACCCUGAUGGACCUUUCUUUCUAGGUUCGGGUGUAAGCUUGCCCGAUCUUGUACUUGCGCCAUGGGCGGUGCGCUUGUGGGUAUUCGAUGAGUUCAAGACCGGUGGAUUGGGAGUCCCUUCUGAAGGUCAGGGCGGGCCAGAUGAAGCAGUAUGGAAUAGAUGGAGGAAAUGGGUUUCUGCUCUUGAGAACCGGAAGAGUAUCCAGGAGACGACGAGUGAAAAGGAGUACUACCUGCCGAUUUAUAAACGGUAUGCGGAUAAUACAGCACAAAGUGAACUAGCCAAGGCCACUAGGGCUGGGCGAGGUGUCCCAUAA